GUGGACGGAGUUCACUCUGACAAACACCAGCCGAGAACAGGAGAGGACCUGAAGCAGCAAUAAGGGGGCAGUUUUCCAAAAAGACGCGAGCCGAUCGGACGUUGUGGAUAAAAUAGAAUUGGCAAAGGUUUCUAGUGUCAAACUCGACUCGAUGUCCAGGAGAAUAAAGGAAUUUAAGUCAGAGGAACACCAACAAAGUCCUCUACUGUAAAUGGACACAGUGAAGAUCUCGUAAAGUACACAUAUUUUAGAUCAUCUCGCUGGAUAUUCGUUUACUCUAUAAAGCGCGCUACAGAGACACAGAGAUGGAUGUGGCGGCUGAUCAGCCCCGAUGGAUGCAUCACCAUGCCGUGCUGAACGGACAACACCCGGACUCUCACCACCACGGCCUGGGGCACAACUACAUGGAGCCCACGGCGCAGCUCUUGCCUCCGGAUGAGGUGGAUGUUUUCUUUAAUCAUCUGGACUCACAAGGAAACCCGUACUACCACAACUCUGCAAGGGCCAGAGUUACAUACAGCCAAGCGCACGCUCGUUUGACGGGGCCUCAUCUCAUCCACAGCCCGGGGAUUUCAUGGCUGGACGGAGGGAAAGCAGCCCUCUCGGCGCACCACCACAACGCCUGGGCCGUCAGCCCCUUCAGCAAGCCCAGCCUGCACCACCCCGGCUCCGCGUCCCCCGGCGGCCUCUCUGCAGUCUACCCGUGCAGCAGCAACUCAAACACGGUCUCCGCAUCCUCGUUAACGCCACAGUCUCACUCCAGCCCGCAUCUGUACACUUUCCCCCCUACACCCCCAAAGGACGUAUCACCGGACCUGGGGGCAGCGUCUCCCUCCGCCACCAGAAUGGACGAGAAGGAAUCUAUCAAAUACCAAGUGUCGUUAUCGGAGGGGAUGAAGAUGGAGGGAUCCAGUCCGCUCAGGAGCAGCCUGGCCUCCAUGAGUGUUCACAACCCUUCCACCCACCAUCCCAUACCGACAUAUCCCACCUACUCUCUCCCAGUGGCACAUGAGUACGGCAGCAUGUUUCACCCGGGCAGCCUGCUGGGAUCAUCCAGCUUCUCCUCCAGGAACAAAGGCAAGACACGAUCCUGCACCGAGGGCCGGGAGUGUGUAAACUGCGGAGCCACCUCUACACCUCUGUGGAGACGUGACAGCACCGGGCACUACCUCUGCAACGCCUGCGGGCUGUAUCACAAGAUGAACGGCCAGAACAGACCACUCAUCAAACCCAAACGCAGGCUGUCUGCUGCCAGACGAGCAGGCACCUGUUGUGCUAACUGCCAGACGACCACCACCACACUCUGGCGGCGCAAUGCAAAUGGAGACCCGGUGUGCAAUGCCUGCGGCCUCUACUAUAAACUGCAUAACGUGAACCGGCCUCUGACAAUGAAAAAGGAGGGAAUACAGACACGCAACCGGAAAAUGUCCAACAAAUCCAAAAAGGGCAAGCGGGGCUGCGACAGCUACGAGGAGUUUUCCAAAAGCCUGCACGACAAGAGCUCUCCCUUCAGCUCUCUGGCCGGACACAUGUCCAUGGGCCACUUAGCGCCUUUCGGCCACGGCGGACACAUGCUUCCCACGCCCACCCCGAUACACCCUUCCUUUGGGCACCAGCACCACUCUAACAUGGUGACGGCCAUGGGCUGAGAUGGGUUAACAUACAUGGGGGUCUCACUAGAGGACAGUGUAUACAAUGUUCCAGACAUGCAGUUUGUGUUUCUUCAUCUUGAUUGUCUCUUGAUUGAUUAGGCCAACGGUUUGUUGGAGAACAGAUGUAUCGUGGGAGUGAAUUAUAUGUUUACUCCUUAACUAUAGGUACCAAUUUUGAUGGAGGAAGACAGAGAGGGAUAUUCUGCUUCCAGUCGGCCAGGCACCCACAUGUAAACACAAAAAUGUUGUUGCACCUCAUAGUUUUGUCCCCACUGACAGCCUGACUGACUGCAGUGUGGCUCAGUAUGUGCCGAACAGGUUUAUAGUAACUGUGAAUAUUGUAAAUGUGUGAGACCAAAGGGGACGUCCCCGACAAGGGAAAUCACCUUUGCAACAUUAAAUGUAAAUAUGCUGGAUUUUUUUGCUUAUGGACAAUUUUAAAGGAAUUUUCAUAAAAGAGAGAAAGCAAACAACAAAGGUUUAUGAAUACUAAUUUGACACUGUUUAUUAUAAUUAUUGUUAUUAUAAUUAUUAUUGUUAUUAAGAUAAUUUAUUUUCACUGCCUUUUUUCUUUUACUAUAUCGCCUGAAGCAUAAUAUGGAAACUGUUAUCCCAGUUAUGAAUAUAUUUUUAGUUGAAGCGCUUUCUUUGAGCUGGUCAACAUUUGUAAGAAAUAAAAAGAUCAUGUUCAUUAUCCCAUCUGCUCCUUCUAUUCAAUAUUCAAUAUCUAAGUAGUCGUAAUAAGAACAGAUACAGAAAUACAUUUGGCUAAAUGUGCUGUCCUUUGUGCCAUAAUAGGACAGAUACAAAUGACCCUCUUCAUGAACGCACAAUUCGCAUCAUUAAUUCAAUGAAAAGCAACAAUGUCAGUAACACCUAUUUGUUUCUUUGUACCAUUAUAAUAACUAUCUUAUUUUUCUGUGCAUCAAAUGCUCUGUAGCUUUCUGUGCAUCUCUGUUUAUCUCUCGAUACGUUUUCAGAAAUAUGCUUAUGCGCUUUCCUGCGAGUUGAGAAGCUUGAUACCACUCUCGUUCUUGUACGGUACAAAUGAAGCUACAUCCAGCGCCUAGUUAGCUUAGCUUAGCAUAAAUACUGAGACCAGUGGACACAGCUUGUAUGUCUCUGUUCAAAGGUAACAAAAUCCAACAACCAACACUUAUGACUUCCUUCCGCUAAUUUCCUGCAGUCCAAAAGUCAGUCAAAACAAUAUGAGAAAUAUACCAACACAUAAACCUCCGUAAAUCCACAAGGCAUUGUGUUUACACUUCUGCAGGGAUGAAACAGACGAGCUUAAGAGGUGCAGAUCUUGUUAUUGUAGGAACGCUCCUUGCUAUCUGUUUCCAGACUUCAUGAGCUAAACUGGCUGCAGCUUCAUAAUAACCGUACAGACACGAGAGUGGUAUCAACCUUGUCAUCUAAAUGUCGGCAAGAGCUUAUGAAAGCGUAGCUCACAAAAUGUCAUACUAUUCCUUUAACAGUUUUUGGGGUGUAGCCACUUUACCUUCAGGUGGUUCUAAUGUUACUAUGUGAAGAACAUGUUUUUCAGCUAAGCGAGGGAGAUACACCAUGUAUAGUACAACUUUCUAUUAGCCUCUACAGUAUAUCAUGACUUUUGAUCAACACGUCUACCAUCCCGCCAGAGUCAGAGAAUCCAUGCUCACUAUUUGCUACCUGUCAAGCUAAAGAUCUGAUGGCCAUUGCAUACUGUUGAUAAUAAAGAAACCAUUUAAAACUA